AUGCCGGAAGGGAUGCAGCACAGCAAUAGGGAGACUAAGGAGCGGCAGCGCAAAUAUCACCAUCGCAAGGGUCACAAGGAGAAGGUGGCUUCUUCCAAAGUGGUUGCCGUGGCAGCGGAGGAGGAAACAGUGGAGGACUGGGAUGCCAACCGGGAGCGCGUUGAACGCCUCUGUCAGAUUUACCCAAACAAUAUCUGCAAUGACUGCAACAACAACGGCACACGCUGGGCAUCUGUAAACCACGGCGUUUUUUUGUGCAUCCGUUGCUCUGGCAUUCACCGCUCGCUAGGGGUGCACAUCUCAAGGAUUAAGUCAACGAACAUGGACAAGUGGCAUGCGUCGGAGGUGGCAAUGAUGGAGGUCAUUGGCAACGAAAGGGGUAAGUCGCUUUAUGAGGCACGUCUGCCGAAAGGAAUGAAGUCUAUGACGGGGGCGGAGCCGGAGUUGACGCUCAGGACAUUUAUUACGCAAAAAUAUCAGGAAAAGGCAUUUGCAGUGGAAAAUGUAAAAGAAGUGCUGCAUCAGUGUCAUAAACAGACGCGAUACGGAAGGAGGCCACGAAAAAGUGACACCAAGGCUCACAUACACGGAAGCGAGUUGGAUACUGCGGCCAAGGGAGGGAAUGCAUCGCAGCGUGAGGACACAAUGAAGGCACUGUACGGCGUCAACGCCGAGGCCAUAUCCAAAAAGUCAAAAAAGGCGAGACCUCUCCACGGCACCUUUGGUGUCGUCAAUGUCCCACCCGACGAGUACGAGGAACGACGACGGGAACUUCUGACAUAUUUUUGUGUAGCGGAACCCCCUCCCUCACCCGUGGCGGCGGCAGCGGCAGCAGCAGCUUGA